GGGCCCGGCGCCCGCCGCUCUGCCUGGGGGCAUGAUGCCUGUCGCCCCGCCUGGGGGCCCGACGCCUGUCGCCCGCCUGGGGGCCCGACGCCUGUCGCCCCUCCUGGGGGCCCGACGCCUGUCGCCCCUCCUGGGGGCCCGAUGCCGGUCGCCCCGCCUGGGGACCCGAUGCCGGUCGCCCCGCCCGGGGGCCCGAUGCCUGUUGCCCCGCCCGGGGGCCCGCUGCCUGCUGCUCCGCCCGGGGGCCGCUGCCUGCUGCUCCGCCUAGGGGCCCGGUGCCUGCUGCCCCGCCUGGUGGCCCGCUGCCUGCUGCUUCGCCUGGUAAUCCGAUGUGCCUCUGCCCGGAGUCCUGCCCGAUCCCGGUGUGCCUCUGCCCGGUGUGCCUCUGCCCGAUGUGCCUCUGCCCGAUGUGCCUCUGCCCGGAGUCCAGCCCGAUGUGCCUCUGCCCGGAGUCCAGCCCGAUGUGCCUCUGCCCGGAGUCCAGCC